AUGCAGAUCCAAUCCGUCCUCACUUCCAUCGCCCUCGUUGCCGGCACGGCCGCGGCCUACGAUCCCGUCUACACCAACGGCACCUUCACCGUCACCACGGUCUGGGAGGCCGUCACCACCUACUGCCCCCAGCCGACCACCCUCUGCUUCAACAACCGCACCUACACCAUUGACGAGCCUACCACCUUCAUCAUCCCUGACUGCCCCUGCACCCAGACCUACACCACCAACCAUUGCGCCGAGUGCCAAAAGCCAACUGGCUACAUCAUCCCCGCCCCGCCCGUCCAGACCGGCUCCGGUGACGUGCCCCCCGCUGUACCCACCCAGACCGGCCUCAUCAGCUGCCCCGGCAGCCCCAACUGCCCGCCCGCGGUCUCCAACUCCGGACCUGGCUUUGUUUCGCCCCCUGCUCAGACCGGUGGUGCCGGCGGCUCUGGCGGUGCUGGUGGUGCUGGUGGCCCUGGAGGUCCUGGAGGUCCUGGAGGUCCCGGCGGUCCUGGAGGUGCUGGCAGUGGUGCUGGCGGUGCUGGCGGUGCCGGCGGUGCCAGCCCCAGCCAGAGUGGCGCUCUCGUCUGCCCCGGCAGCCCCAACUGCCCUGCGACCGGCACAGGCGGCAUCGUCGGCGUCGGCGCCAAGCCUUCUACCGUCGUCGUCGCUGGUGCCGAGAAGAAGGCCGCUGUUGCUGGUUUCGCCGUCGUCGCCGGCUUCGUCGCCGUCCUGGCUCUGUAA